AUGUCGCAAACCACUCUUCCCGGCUCGGACAUUAAGCCAUGGAUGCGCCCCGCACCGCAGGGAUAUAAGUUCAUCAACGCCAACAUCGUCGAUGUCGAAUCAGGCACAAUCAAAGAAAACGCAACCAUCAUAACUACUGAAGGGAAAAUCACCUACGUCGGCUCAGAAUUAUCUAUCCUAGUCUCACAAACCAACCUCAAAAUAGUAGACUGCGAAGGUAAAUACCUCUGCCCGGGCCUGUUCGACGCCCACGUACAUCUAUGCGCAGUGCCAGGUUUUACCGACUUAUCCAAAGCCUUUGGAAACCCAAAUGACGUUCAUCUGUUGCGGCAGCCAUACACAGCCUCGCAGAUGCUGCAUCGCGGCUUCACCAGCGUCCGUGACUGUGGCGGUGCCCAGCUCGCCCUGAAAGAGGCAAUCGAAGACGGUGUCUUCCCCGGCCCACGCCUCUUUAUCGCAUGUCAUGCCCUCUCGCAAUUCGGUGGACAUGGCGAUCUGCGCGGCCCACAUGAACCUACAGUAUGCUGCGGCGGCACACACAGCAAUAACCGCUUGGGCCUCAUGUGUAAUGGCGUGCCGGAGUGCAUUGCUGCCGUUCGUGAGGAUAUUCGCUGCGGCGCUGACUUUAUCAAAAUUAUGGGCUCGGGUGGUGUGGCUUCACCAACGGAUAAACUGGAACAUCUGCAGUUCACAGUGGCCGAGAUUCAGGCUAUGGUGGAAUGUGCCACUAAUGCUGGGACUUUUGUCACAGCCCAUGCCUAUACCGCCAAGGCUAUCCGGCAUUGUAUUGAUAAUGGAGUCCGCGGUAUUGAGCACGGGAACUUUGUUGAUCUACCCACUGCCAAGCUGAUGGCCGAGAAGGGGGUCUACUUGACGCCUACGCUUAUCGCAUAUGAUCAAAUGGCUUCCGAGCGGUGGAAGAACUAUCUGCCAAUAGAGUCCCAGAAAAAGAAUGAGAUCGUGCUAAAGUCUGGUCUUGAGGCUUUGAGGGUCGCCUCAGAGGCUGGUGUGACUAUGUGCUACGGCUCCGAUUUGCUAGGUCCGCUGGGCUCUGCGCAGACCCAUGAAUUUGCACUGCGGGCGCAGAUUUUGUCAUCGCCCGAGGUCUUGCGCAGUGCAACUUUUAAUCCGGCGAAGAUGAUGGGAUGCGCGGAUGAGCUGGGUCAAAUCAAGGAGGGCUUCCAUGCUGACGUUGUGAUUCUAAAUAAGAAUCCGCUUGAGGAUGUGACCGUCUUUGAUAGGCCCGAUGUACAUGUGCUUGGGGUAAUGAAGGAUGGCCGUGUCUAUAAAAGUAGGUGGGAUGCAUUGCUAGAGGAUGCUCAAAUUCCUGUGAGAGUACAAUGA